AUGGAACAUCACGUUCUGGAGGACAUUGCAGGCAUGUGCAGCAAAUUAAAUGUUUUUUUUGAAACUAAUAUCGAUAGUUCAAUCAAAGCGAUAGCUUUCAUGUGUCAUCGAAAUAUAAUUGAGAAAUUGUUAUGUGCAACAAAUGUUAGUGUGUAUUUGCGUAGCAUUUUUAAUAACCACGAUUGGGAGCAGUUGUUGAAAAUUUUUAAUAACAACCAUCUAGUUUUUUUAGCCAAACGGCCAAUAAUUGCAUUUUAUGAAAAAAAAGUCUUUUCCAUGUUAGCAUUUAUCACACAUUUUAUUCAAUGGCAGAUGGACAUGUAUACAUGCAAAUGCACGUUUACUUUUUGCUUAUCUGUAAUAAACAAUUUUGAGUGUUCCUUCACAAAUUUCUAUAUUAGAUUUAAAAUAAUUAAGACAGCCUGGUCAAGUCAACCCUCGAAAUCAUUCAUGCAAAUAUCUUUGCUCUUUCAGUUACAUCUCACUCGUUGCAUCCUGCUUCACUCAAGCCUUCUUGCCGUUUCAACUCCAACAGGAUCACAACAUAUUCUUCUGUCGUCUGCACCAGCACCUCUUGUAGCAAACACAGGUUGA